AUGGGCGAGCUUCGGAGCAGGGCUGUCCGAGGACGGGAAGCGGGGGUGCCGCCUCGCUGGAGCGCCCGUGUUGGAGCCGGGGGAGCCUUCUCGCCCUGUCUCUGGGCGGGCGUGCGUGCCUGUGUCUCUUCUGUCACGGCGUGUGAGCAGCUCAGCCGCGUUUUACCGCCCGUGUCUCUGGAGAAGCUCAGGCCAGAGCACCCCGCCGAGGUGAAGCGCCGCUUCUGCUCAGCCAGGGGCGGAGGGCCGGGGCUGCGAAGGACGGACCGGAGGAGCUGGGAGGGGCGGAGGGGAACCCCGGCCGUGGUGUUGGUUCUGUCUCUCUUUGACCCGUGGGAGGUGCCCCAUGUAGCUUUCCUGUGCCCUCCCCCGCCUCCCGCGAUGGCGUUGAAUCAGGACAGCUCCCUGGGAGGAAAGCGGGUUUGCCGAUGCGGUGUGCUGGACGUGGUCCUGCCCUCUCGGCAGGGGAGCUGGGUGAGUUGCCGCCUCCCCGUGUCUUCCUGCUCAGAGCCUUGUGGGCCCGGAGGCCCUGAGAUGAAUACAACAAGCUCCCGGUCACAGAGGAUUCAUGAGAAUGGGGUGGGCUUGGUCAAUAAGUGCUAUGUGAACAGUGUGUUAGCCUCUUGUUACUACAAUGUUUACGUCUUCCAGAUGCCUCAUGCUGAAUCUGGAGAAUGUUUUCCUGGAAAAAACAGAGACCCUGAAGAGCCCGAGUCCUGGAAUCAGACCGCUGGGGCUGUCGUCCGGCUUCAGGCUCCAUCGGCGUGCGCUCUGGGCAAGCAUCCUAACUGCGCCUACGCUUCUUUUUCUUACCUCUGA